AUGGGUAAAUUCGGUAUUACAUUCGGUGUUUUUGCUGCCUCUGCCAUUGCUUAUGCUUUGUACUUUGACUACCAACGUCACAAUUCUAAGGAAUUCCGUCAAUCCUUGAAGAAAUCCGAAAAGAAUUACUUGAAACAAAGCGAAAAGAAAGAAAAGAAGGAAAAGAAGGCCCGUGUGGAACAAUUGAAGGUCCGUUUGUUGGCAAGCUUAGAAAAAGAGCCAGUUCCAAAAGAUAUCAAUGACAAAGAACAGUAUUUCAUGAAGCAGGUUGGCCAAGGUGAACAAUUAAGUGCCAACCCAGGUAAAGAAUUUGAAUCGGCUUUAUGCUUCUACAGAGCCUUGUCUGUCUACCCUAACCCAACCGAUAUCUUGGGGAUCUAUCAAAGAUCUGUUCCUGAACCUGUGUAUGACUUGAUUGUUCAAAUGAUUGCUAUCAAGCCACCUUUGGCUAUCAUCAACAUUUUGGGUGAUGCUAGCAUUGACACCACUGAAUAA